GCAAAGAACGUGAAUUUUAAGAAGCACGUUUAAGUUCUUUAAGUCACUUUUGGUCCUGUUUUCAGUUUCUCGACUGUUUUCACUGACAGAAUGCAAUCAGUGUGUGUUCGUGUGUGUGGCGUAGGGAUGACACAUACUCAUGGAUUGGUUUAAUACAGUGCGCAUGAUACAUAGUGUGUGGACAAAGAGCUCUAUUCAGCCCAUGAUGAUAUAGAAAAUGGGAUUUUGCCAGGCUUAUUCAGUAGAACUGUAUUUGAAUACACAAAUGCACAAAUGCAUACGUCGGCGGUUCAGUGCAGAGGUAAAGAAAACACUGAUAAGUAGCUUGUUUUUUUGUUUUUUUUUUUUGAAAGCAGAAAUCUGGGACCGUCACAGUCCUGAUUUUUUUAUUUUUUUCCGUCAACCCGACGCCAUAUGCACGCCUUCAGCAGUCGACCCAGUUUUUGACUAAAAAAAGACUAUUCCUUUUCCACCAAUAUGUGGUUCUCGAGACUAUUAAAAGAAGUUUAUUCCUAACUAGUUCGCACAUCAUACGUCCAGCACAUCGGGAGAACAUGUAGAGAUGGAUUUUAUGAAGCUGUUUGGUACCGUUAUCGCCGUUUUGUUCCACCCUGGAUCCGCUUCUAAAAUACAUGGCGAGAGAAUUUGUCGUCGUGGGACGGAGCGUCCAUGCUACAAGGCAUUCUACAUCCAGGAUAGCAGGCGGAGGCUGACCUUUGAGGAUGCCAGGCAGGUCUGCAGGUUGGAUGGAGGUGAGCUGCUCAGCGUUGAGACAGAGAGUGAGCAGAAACUGAUGGAGAGGUUCUUACAAGAGCUGCAGGUGGGAGAUGGAGAUUUCUGGAUUGGGCUCCGUCGCAACCCACAGCAUCACAGGACUGCCAACACCAGCCCAGGUUGCCCCUCACAGUACUACUGGCUGGAUGGAAGCAAGGCCAAGUACAGGAAUUGGCACUGGGAUGAGCCAUCAUGUGGUAGUGAAAUGUGUGUGGUUUUCUACCACCAGCCCUCUGCACCACCUGAUGAAGAAGGUCAUUUCCUCUUCCAGUGGAAUGAUGACAACUGCAGCUCCAAAAACAACUUUGUCUGCAAAUACCGGGAAGAGAAAUUACCGGUAUUUACAGGUGACAGAAGCACAGCACAUCCAGUUUCAUCUCAGAGGCCAAACAUAUUACCAACUACAGAAAGGGAUGACAGGAUAAAAAUAGGACAAUCUGAGUCAUCAGUUUCAUUCUCAGACAACACCCUAAGUGUUUCCUACAUCCUCUAUGCAACUAUUCCCGCUCUACUGUUGCUGCUGUUUGCAGCUGCUGGGUUCCUCUGCUACAAACACCACGCAAAAAGGAAGAAGACAGAGACAGACGGAGACAGCUAUCCUCGAAGAUCGAAGCAGUGGAUGUCAACAACAGCUUCACCUUGCCCUGUACAAGGACCUUACGCCUUUAGUGACAUUACCAAACUGCCUCACACUGCUCUGGACCGUAGACUACAUGCAGACACAAUGACAAAAUACCCCAGUGCUCUUUCACAUGACUCCCAGUGUGACGAUUAUGAGAAUGUGUCAUGUGUGGAUAAGGAGAGCGGCUUUGUGACCAAUGACAUCUAUGAGACUUCCAGAGCUCAAAGCUGGCGCUGCCGCAGUCAGGCUGAAUGGGUGGAAAAUGAGAUCUAUGGAUAAAGCUGUUGCCUAUCUGUGUCCAUCAAUCGCACCAGCAAAUUAAUAUGACCCAUCCAGACAGAGGAAUGCAAACUGUUUUAUCCCUUUUCUUCUCGUACAUCCUACUUGUUUCCUAUGAGGUGCAGGAUUACUAAUUAUACAGUUGUGUCAGGCUGGAUUCAAAUGGACUUGUUAUCUGAGCAUGAAUCUGCUAUCUGUCCAUACCUCAGAUGCUUCAUCCUGAACAUCAGCAUUCUUUUGUCAGCUAUGACCCAUUUACAGUACCAUGCAAAAGCCUUGAAAGCAUCUUCAUAUAUUUCAAGGAAACCAAGGUUCAUUUCUAAGCUGUCUUUAAUGUGUAGACACAGUAUGGACACAUUUGAUGUCUUAGGUGCAUUUUUUAUGCUUAAUUGAUUCAUGGGCUAGUGUUUAUUGACCUAGCAAAAACAAAAAAACUCUUCCUCUGAAAAUUGUUAGGUACAAAGACUGUGCAAAUGUCCAAAGAAAAGCUUUGAAAGACUUUCUGAAAGCCUGGAGAACUAUUGCUCAAAACCACUUUAAAAAGAUGACAAGAAAGUCUGGAAUGCUUGGAAACAGAAUAAAGAAAUGAGGGGUGACUCACGAAAAUGAUUAUAUCUAAUAAAUGUAAUCAAAGCAGAAGCUAAUCAUGCUAAUGAUACUAACCCAGUAAUGAAAGUGAUGUUUUUCAGGUAAGUGUGUUCAUCAGUCCAGUAAGAAGUGUUUCUUUUUUUUCUCUUAUUUUUAUUUGACCCAAAAAAAUGUAGAUGAGGUUUGUGGAAAUGUUAGUAUUCUGGGUAUUUAGUCAGCAAACCAACUUAUUUCGGGGAGAACAAAAACGCAUGAAAUUUUAGGUCUGCCCAAUCAAGUGUUGCAGCAUUUCAUUCACAUCAGUCAAAAAAUGGUCAAAUUCUGCAUUUGACUAUAUUCCUAUUCAUGUUGGAAAGAUUUGAAAUCUGAUGCAGGAUAAGUAAAAAUUGGCUGGAAGAGCUAUAGGUUGAAUCAGACAAUAUGAAAGUUCAUCUGAAACAGCUGCACAAAUGUUCAAGGCAAUCUACUGGGCACAAAAAAGCAAAAUUGUCUGAAAUUAGUUAUUGAAAACUUGUGAAUAGUUUUAGAAAUCAAACAAAAAUCCGAGAUUGAAAUGACUGAUGACCUCAUCCUCAUAUGGUUCCCCUGUGAAGGUUUUCAGCUUUGUUCAGUUUAAAGCAUGCCUCUGACAAAUUAUGCAACUUCACAGCAGCACUGAGGUUUGGAUUUGAGCCAUUAAUGAAAUCAAACAGAGAGGCAGGUCAGCUUGGUGGCCCAGCAGUGCUGAUAAAUUAGAAAUUAUGAAUUACACACUCUGUUCAACAUCAGUUGGAGGACUCAACAUCAUGUUACUUGUUUUAUAAAUAAUCCUAAAUUAAACCACUGUCAUUUACAGAAAAUUUCACUAAAUCUGUUGUCACACGGGCAAAAAGAUCCCUGCUGAGAUGAAAUGUCCAAUUCAGGGACAGUUUUGAUCUUUUGUCUAAACAUGAAUUGUGUUGUCAUCACUGGCUUCCUGUUUGGACCCUGGUGUCAGGUAACAGGACAGUACAGGCGGAAACAUACAUGACAGAGCUCUGCUGACCAAAGAAGACCUCAGAGCUGUGUGUCUUCCUGAUUCCACCUGAUUGUUUUAGAUGUACAACCCUCCUACUCAUCUGCCAGUCCACACUAUACUGUGUAAUUAUCAGUUUCUGCGAUAAAAUCAGUAUGGCCAUAUAUUUCUGAUUACAGAAGUCUGUGGUAUUUCUGAAAGUGCUCAAACUGAGCUAUUUGGGUUGGUGAUUUGGAAGGAUGAAGCAAGCCCAGAAAGGAGAGGCUGAGUGUGUUCUUGGAGAAUGUUAGACAGGAAAUGCCAAAAGCACAUCUGGAACUCUUACAUUCAGGAAGUCUGUUCGUGACAGCAGAGGCCUUUGGAGUGCUGCGUUGCUCUGCCUGCUUAGUAAUCCACUGUUCCCUAUCACUGUACAACAUGAAAAGAAGCACUGCUGGGUGUGAAUGGGCUGUUUCACAAGCUUGAAAAUUAUUUUCAAGCUUUUGGCCUCAAACUGUUAUGCUUGCAUUCUUUAUCUAAUAUUAACAUGGGUCUAUUCAAAUGAAAUCUUACUUGCACAAAUGUCUGUUGGAAUUUCUGUGAGUAAUUGGAUAUGCGUCAAUGUAAUGAUCAAACUGUAACACCUUUGUACAGAAAAUUGUUCUGGAGAGGAAAACGUGCAACUUUAUGUCAUUUUACAACUUUUACCAACAGAUGGUGCUGUCAUGCAGGCGACCAAAGUGUCUUUGUGAUUGGUAAAAUGCCUGUCCUAACAUAAGGUCCAGCAUGCUAUAUUGCAAAAAUGUGAUCAAUUUGUUAUGCCCAUUACAUUUUUUCUGCAUCAUAAAUCUUUAAGUAAA